GUGGUGACAGGCUUUUACCCUGGGCGGUUUAAAACUGGAUCAUCCAUUUAUUUAAAUCGAUUUAAGUUAAGCUAAACCGGUUUACGAUCCCUAAGGCGAUUUGCAGGUGUUUAUACAUGCGAAUUAUGUUAAACCGAUUUCCACUAAACCAGUUUAAGGUGCUCGUAUAAACUUGGUAAUUCUCUCUCUAUGACCUAACCUCAUUUGAAUUUGUCAAAGUCAAAUAUACAAAACAAGCCCGGCGACAUCCCCUGGGCCCCAAAUGGGUCUCCUAACAAACCCGCAGGGCGGGCAGGGCAAACUGACUAAAAUUCUCCUUAAAUACUACGGAAAACUGUGCGUUCUGUUAUAUUUAGCCGGCGUGGUGUGGUUUUGUGCCCUGGCCUCGCCCCAGUUCAACUCCAACACCUAUUUCUCAGAGAACGCCCUUCUACCGGGGCUGGUGAAGUCCAGUUUCAGCGAAGAACGUGCCGCCAAAGAGUACUAUAGAAUGUUCAGCGAUGAAGCCAAGAAAUAUGAUAAUUCGAUUCCGUAUCCCUUACUUCUUGCUCAGCUUAAGCAAAUUGGUAUUGAUGCUUACACACACAACUUCACCCUGCAUUCACCUCUGAACCCCAAAAAAGUUUAUCACGGCAGGAAUGUGUAUGGCAUCCUUAGGGCUCCAAGAGCUGCCAGUACCGAAGCCCUUGUUCUGAGUGUCCCCUAUAGGACUCCUUCAAGCAUUUAUCCGACAACAUUGCCCUCUAUAGGAAUUUUGUUGGCUUUUGCCAAAUUUGCUGCAAGAGAAAAGUACUGGGCAAAAGACAUAAUCUUCCUUAUCACUGAUCAUGAACAGUUAGGGAUGCAGGCCUGGUUGGAAGCUUAUUAUGGAGUCACUUGUGGCAAUGAAGACAUCCUGGACCAUGGAAAACUUAGGGGGAGAGCAGGAGCAAUUCAAGCAGCUAUUAACCUGGAACUGCACGGGCCAGUUAUUGGGCAAAUUGAUAUUAAAAUCGAAGGUUUAAAUGGACAGUUGCCCAACUUGGAUUUGUUUAAUUUAGCUAGUAAGAUUUGUGUUAAAGAGGGAAUUUAUUAUACAUUUAAAGAUAGGAAGCAUGAGUAUCACAGGGACACUUAUAAGGAGUGGAAGUAUCACUUUAAGAAUAUGCUUAGCAUGAUUUCCACUCAAGCCACCGGUAUCCCCAAUGGGAAUCAUGGGUUGUUUUUAAGGUUUGGGGUGCAAGCAUUAACAUUGGAAGGGUUUGAAAAGGCCAAAGGUGGAGUGAGGGUGAGUUUCCUAAGCAUCGGUAGAUUAAUUGAAGGGAUUUUCAGGAGCAUGAAUAAUUUACUUGAAAGGUUUCACCAGAGUUUCUUUUUCUAUAUAUUGCCAUCUUCUGACAGGUAUAUUUCCAUUGGUCUCUAUAUGCCUGCGGCUUGCAUGAUUGCUGCUGCAGUAAUUAUUAAGGCAUGUGCCAAAUGGCAUAGGCAUCAGGAAAAUAAGAAGGAUAAUCUGCCUGCCAAUUAUAUAAAAGUGGUCAUUCUGUUUGUGGCUUUGCAUAUUUGUGGUGCAUUUAUAAUGGCUCUACCGGAACUUUUAAAGCCAUUGUUGCCCCUGGUUGGGUUUGAGGCACAUACAGUGGUCUUCUGGGGGCUCUUUUUCUUUUUAUUCCUCACUCUUUUUAUUCCACAAUUUUUAAAUGAUAUGACUAGGUGCCAAGAGAGUUUAAACUUGCUUUGUAUGUUUGGAUUAUUAGAGUUAGGCACCACAAUGAUUGCUCUGUCAAUGAACAAUAUAGCUUUAGGGAUUAUUUGGGGUACCAUAACUGUACCUGUAGCAUUAAUAAUUGAACCGAGUUCCAAUAAAUACUUUCAGGUAAUGAGGAAAGUGAUGUGGGUAAUGGUUCAUCCAUUGCUGAUCUGUUUCACUGCCAUUUUGUGUAGUACUAUUGUGAUGUUCAUGCAAGACUCUCUUAAAGAUAUUCUGUUGAAGGCUGUAGAUGCCACCCAGCAGGCUGUCAUUUAUAGUAUUAUUGAUUCAAUGAUUUAUGGAAACUGGCUGUACACUGUGGUCACUAUGGUGUUUAUUCCAAAUUGGUUGUGCUUUUGGUUUGUCACCAGUAGUAAAUUGCCUAAGAAUGUUCUAAGGAAGGAUAAGAGUGAAUAGUUUUAAGACCUUUUGUACUGUAUUUAAUAAAUUUAGAUUUUUUUUUGAAAA